CGACUAAGAAAAAUGGCGAAAUUUAGCUUUCUUCAUUACUUCACCAUUUUAAUUUUUUCCUUUCUCAUUUCAAGAAUUUCUGCUAGAAAUAUUCCAUACAAUUCUUCAAUCACGGCCCUCAAUGAUCUCACGUAUAAUCAAACUCGACGUGUUUGUGACACGUCGAGGUUUGCAAAGUUGGGAUUGGACAUGAAUGAUUUCGCGUACUGUGACAUGUCCCUUCCCUACGCGGUUAGGGUUAAGGAUUUGAUCGACAGAAUGACGUUGUCUGAAAAAGCGCGACAAAUUGGAGAUACUGCUUUUGGAGUUGCUAGAAUUGGUCUUCCUAAAUAUGAAUGGUGGUCUGAGGCAUUACAUGGUGUUUCUAACGUUGGACAAUAUUAUAGUUUAGCUUCGUUUUUUGACAAAGUUGUUCCUGGGGCUACAAGUUUUCCUACUGUUAUUACUACUACUGCAUCAUUUAAUGAGUCAUUGUGGAAAGCAAUAGGCCAGGCUGUUUCAACAGAAGCAAGGGCUAUGUUUAACCUAGGACAUGCUGGUCUAACAUUUUGGAGUCCAAAUAUUAAUGUAGUAAGAGAUCCUAGAUGGGGAAGAGUUUUAGAAACACCUGGAGAAGAUCCUUUUGUUGUUGGAAAAUAUGCCUCUAAUUAUGUUAGAGGAUUACAAGAUGUUGAGGGCACGGAAAACGCCAAAGACUUGAACUCGAGACCUCUGAAAGUAGCCGCUUGUUGCAAACAUUAUGCAGCUUAUGAUGUUGAUAACUGGCUCGGUGUUGAUCGUUAUCAUUUCGAUUCACGGGUGACGGAGCAAGAUAUGAUGGAAACAUUUCUUAAACCCUUUGAAAUGUGUGUUAAAGAAGGUGAUGUUACAAGUGUUAUGUGCUCAUAUAAUAGGAUUAAUGGAAUCCCAGCAUGUGCUGAUCCAAAGCUUCUAAAAGGCAAAAUUAGAGGAGAUUGGGAUCUUCAUGGGUAUAUAGUUUCAGAUUGUGAUUCCAUUGACGUUAUGCUUCAUGGUCAUAAAUGGUUAGGAGAUGAACCUGAAGAUGCUGUUGCACAAGGUCUAAAAGCAGGUAUUCCUUGCAAGAUUACAACACCAAUACAUGGAUUUUCAUUGUAUAGCAAAGUGGACUAUAAAGCAGGAUGUGGAGAAAUUUUGUGCAAAAAUGAGAGCUUAAUAUUCCCAGCAAUGAAAGCUGCUAAAAAAGCAGAUGCAACUGUUUUAGUUGUGGGAUUAGAUUUAAGUGUUGAAGCAGAAAGUUUAGACAGAGUUGAUCUUUUACUUCCUGGCUACCAAACUCAACUAAUAAAUCAAGUUGCUCAAGUUUCAAAAGGUCCUGUUAUUCUUGUAAUUAUGUCUGCUGGUGGUGUUGAUAUUUCAUUUGCCAAAAAUAAUCCUAAGAUUAAAAGUAUUAUUUGGGCUGGAUAUCCUGGUGAAGAAGGUGGUCGUGCAAUUGCUGAUGUUGUUUUUGGAAGUUAUAAUCCCGGAGGAAAACUACCAUUAACAUGGCAUGAAAAUAGUUAUGUGGAUAUGUUACCAAUGACUUCAAUGCCAUUAAGGCCAAUUGACAACUUAGGCUACCCCGGUAGAACUUACAAAUUUUACAAUGGAUCAAUUGUUUAUCCAUUUGGAUAUGGUAUUAGCUACACGAAUUUCACCUACAACUUAUUAUCAGCACGACAAAAAAUCCAAGUAAAACUCAACAAAUUUCAGCACUGUCGCGAUCUGAACUACACUGCUGGCACUCACGUGCCACCAUGUCCUGCAGUAUCAAUCGACGACUUGGAAUGUGGGGACGAUCUGAAUUUCGAUUUCUCGAUUGAAGUAGAGAAUAUUGGGAAAAAAGAUGGAAGUGAUGUUUUAAUGGUUUAUUGGAUUCCACCUGAAGAUAUUGCUGAAGCUCCACUUAAACAAUUGAUUAGUUUUAAGAAGGUUUUUGUGAAAAUUGGAGAGAAAAAGAAGGUUGAUUUUGUGUUAAAUGCUUGCAAAAGUUUGGGAAUAGUGAAUUAUAGAGCUUAUAAUCUUUUGGCUGCUGGUGGACAUAAUUUUGUGAUUGGAAAUGGAAAGCUUUCAUUUCCAGUUCAAGUUAGUUUUCACCGAUGAUUACUGAACUUUAUUUUUUUAUUUUUAGUAAAAUAAAAGAAAAAAAUGUUUAGCUUAGAAGUAGAUUAUUGUUUUUAGUUUAGUGUUUAUUAGUGUUCUUGAAUUAGUA